AUGUCUUCGUUCGGAGGCAUUACCAGCGCGACAAAGGCGAUCUCGGGUGCCGAUGAGAGGACCGAUCAUCGCUUCGACAUCUCCAAGAUGACGAUUCGCCUACAACCUCGCAGGAGACCUCGAGGUAGGCGACUCCCAGGUAAUUCAAAUAUUGCUUUGUUGUCUCCACCUGGUCACCAUCUUCAUUUCAACAAUGGACUGGCUCAAAGGCUAGCAAAGCUUCCAUUAGCCGCCGCCGACGAGAAUGUCUCCACGGACAACCGAUGGUUUCAGCUGAGGGACACGGUCCAGUCAACCGCCCUAGAUGCCCUUGAUCGCGCACGUUGCCAAACAACGACCCCACCAUCAGCAGCCUGCUCGCCGAGAAGAACCGGCUGCAGGAAGCCUACGUUAACCUUCCUACUGACAACAACAACUUGCCUUCUACCGUAAUCGCCGCCUUAAGCACCAGCGACUGCGGGAGAUGUAGAAUACAUAGGCAGCUCGCUAAGAGUGCAACAGGUCAGACACGGACAGCCGUUUCUCGGUCGUUACCGAUCAUCAGUACAACAUAGGCCUUAUUAAGUGAGGACGGUUCGCACGGCCGAGGAGAUCCAAGUAUAUGCGGAUUGAAACGAAUGGAAGAACUUCUUCCCCGCGAUCAAAUGUGUCUACGGUCCCACAGCCAAAGGAACCGCUCCUAUUUUCAGCGCCGACGGAACCACCCUACUCACUGAGAAGGUGCGAAUUCUCCAGAGAUUGGCCGAACACUUCGGAGGCAACCUCAACUACCCCUCCACCGUCUCCGACAUCGUCAUCGCCCGACUGCCUCAAGAGCAGACCAACGCCGACCUCGAUCUUCUGCCCCUCUACACGAAACCAUCAAGGCCGUUCAGCAGUCCUCCGGCGGAAAAAUGCCCGGAUCGGACGUGA